UAAAUGUACUCUGUUACGUCGCACUGCUGACUGACCGUGUGUUUGUGUUCAGGAUCCAGAGGUUUGGCGGCUUCGUGACGUGGAACAGCGUCGGCGUGGCGAACGUUAACGGCCGUCUCGCCAUGACCCGCAGCAUCGGAGACUUCCACCUGAAAAGCAGCGGCGUCAUCGCCGAGCCGGACACGCGGCGGCUCACCGUCCAUCACGCCAGCGACUCCUUCCUCGCUCUGACCACCGACGGCAUCAACUUCCUGCUGAGCGACCAGGAGAUCUGUGAUGUCAUCAACCAGUGCCACGACCCCACAGAAGCUGCUGACGUCAUCGCCGAGCAGGCGCUGCAGUACGGCUCCGAUGACAACGCCACCAUCAUCAUCGUCCCGUUGGGAGCGUGGGGGAAACAUCAGAGCUCCAACGCCGUCUACAGCAUCAGCAGGAACUUCUGUUCGAGCGGGAGAUGGGCAUAGAUCACACACACACACACACACACACACACACACACACACGAAACAUCACGGAGCUUUACAGCAGUCAAUAACGUUAACAUGAAGGACACAAACAUUUUCAUAUUUUUUAUUGAUUUAUGAAUCACCCUGAACUCAUCGGAGAGUCGGCGGUAACUGCACAGCUUCGUGCUCGUUAGUCGUCGGUGUAAAUAGUGUUUAUUAAAAUGUUGUACAUACAGAGAG